GUACUUUCAUACUAACAAUGGCUGAUCGUGCUAACAACGAUGACGACGUCGAUCGCCAGCCACUUCCGAUCGCCGACGAUGCGGAUGAUGACGUUGACGGCAUCGAUGAGAUGUUCAACAACGAGGACGAGGAUCCAGAGGAUGAGGAGGGCGAGAAUCUUUUCGGAGAUGAUAUGGAGAGGGACUACCGUGAGCAGCCGGAGCUCGAUCAGUACUCCGAAUCUGGAAUGGACGACGCAUCGGACGUCGGAAGUCUCUCGGUGAGCGCCCGCCGUGCCGCCGAACGUGAGAUGGCUCAGCGUGAUCAACUGCUCGACGACGAUGCUCUGAUGUACGAGGAUGGAGAUAGCGAGGAGGUUGACACACGUCGUCGUGGACGUGGACGUCGCGGUCGAGGUGAUGCUGCUGAUGACGAUUCGGUUCCGAUGGAGGAAGAGGACAUUCCUGUAGAUAUUCUCGAGAACAUCCGCGGUCGAACAAUCCGUGAUCACGUCUCCGAUGAGGCUGUCGCCAAGGAGAUUGAGCGAAGAUUCAAGAAUUUCCUUCGAAGCUUCCACGAACCGGGCAACAAGCAGACCAAGUAUAUUCAGAUGAUCAAAUCUAUGGCGGCGGAUAAUCGGGAAUCGCUGGAAGUCAGUUUUACGGAUCUUAGUGAUGAUAACGGAGAGCAGAACAUCUCAUACUUCCUGCCAGAAGCUCCGAAUGAGAUGCUUGCGAUUAUGGAUCGCGCCGCCACUGAAGUCGUGAUGAACAUGUAUCCAUUCUACUCCCGAGUCUGCAAUGAGAUCAAGGUUCGCAUUUCGCAGCUUCCAGUCGAGGAGGACAUCCGAAUGCUUCGUCAGGUGCAUCUUAACAUGCUCAUCCGUACCGCCGGUGUUGUCACUAUCGCCAGUGGAAUUCUGCCGCAGUUGGCGGUUGUUAAAUACGAUUGUGUCGCUUGUGGAUACUUGUUGGGACCUUUUGUACAGCAAAAUGAUGAGGAAGUUCGCCCAACGAUUUGUCCAUCGUGUCAGGGAAAAGGACCAUUCGAGUUGAACGUUGAAAAUACUGUCUACCACAACUACCAACGAAUCACAAUGCAAGAAUCCCCGAACAAAGUUGCCGCUGGACGUCUUCCCCGUUCUAAAGAUGUGAUUCUUCUCGGUGAUCUCUGUGAUUCAUGUAAACCUGGAGACGAGAUCGAGGUGACCGGCGUCUACACGAACAAUUUCGACGGAUCGCUCAACUAUAAGCAGGGAUUCCCAGUGUUCAAUACGUUGAUCCACGCGAAUCAUAUCACCAAUAAAGACAAGAUGGCGUCGGAUCAACUGACCGAUGAGGAUAUCAAGGCGAUUCGUGAGCUCUCCCAGGAUCCGAAUAUCUCGCAACGAGUGUUCUCAUCGAUUGCACCGUCCAUCUAUGGACAUGACGAUGUUAAGAGAGCUAUUGCGUUGGCAUUGUUCAGAGGAGAAGCUAAGAAUCCGGGAGCCAAGCAUCGUCUUAGAGGAGAUAUUAAUGUUCUUCUUUGUGGAGAUCCUGGAACCGCGAAAUCUCAAUUCCUGAGAUAUGCUGCUCACAUCGCACCACGAUCCGUUCUCACGACUGGACAAGGAGCAUCAGCUGUCGGAUUAACCGCCUACGUGCAACGUCAUCCUGUGACACGUGAAUGGACAUUGGAAGCCGGAGCCAUGGUUCUCGCUGAUAAGGGUGUCUGCCUGAUCGAUGAGUUCGAUAAGAUGUCCGAUCAGGAUCGUACGUCGAUUCACGAAGCAAUGGAGCAGCAGUCGAUUUCGAUUUCCAAGGCCGGAAUUGUUACAUCUCUCCACGCCCGAUGCACGGUCAUCGCCGCUUCUAACCCGAUCGGUGGACGCUACAACCCGACGAGAACCUUUGCCGAAAACGUGGAUCUCACCGAGCCGAUCCUUUCCCGCUUCGAUGUUCUCUGUGUGAUUCGAGAUUCUGUCGACUCGGUCGAGGAUGAACGUCUCGCGAAGUUUGUCGUCGGCAAUCAUCGGACACAUCAUCCGGAUGCGAAGAAGAUUGUUAAGGAGGGCGAUGAGUUGGAGGAAGAUCAGAUGGAUGAACGUACUGGUGUCAGGCUGAUUCCACAGGAUUUAUUGAGGAAAUAUAUCAUCUACGCACGUGAGAAGUGCCAUCCGACGCUUCCUGAACAGCAUUCUGAGAAGUUUUCGAACAUUUUCGCGCAGAUGAGAAAGGAGAGUAUGGCCACUGGAUCUGUUGCCAUCACUGUUCGACACGUUGAAUCUAUGAUUCGUUUGUCGGAAGCUCACGCGAAACUUCAUCUUAGAUCAUACGUGAACGACGAAGACUGUGCCGCAGCGAUUCGUGUCAUGUUGGAAUCGUUUGUGAACACCCAAAAAGCCUCAAUCAUGCGUAUGAUGAAGAAGACAUUCUCUCGUCAUUUGACAGAGAAUCGUUCGGCUAACGAGCUUCUCCUCUUCAUUCUCAAGCAACUGAUCCGUCAACAAAUGCACUAUGCUACAGCUCGUGCGGCUGCUGGCACCAUUCUUCAAUCGGUCACGAUUCCAGAGUCGGAAUUCAUCGAAAAGGCUCAGCAAUUGAGAAUUGAGAAUGUCAAGCCGUUCUACACUUCGGAAAUCUUCGCUUCCAACAAUUUCCUCUAUGAUCCAUCGAAGAAGACUAUUGUUCAAGAGAUUUUCUAAUUUUCUCGUUUAUUUUUAAUUUUUAAUUUUUCACCCACCCACCCGAUUUUCACCGUGCUUCUGAUACUCAAUCCCCUCAUUUCAUUUUGUAUAUGAUUUUCGAUCGAUUUUCUCACCAUUUUUUUGAUUGCUUUUCUACCUAUGAACCUUUUUUCGAAAAAAUU